CACACAGAAAGAGCAGGACAUUUGGCUUCUGAGCUGGGACCUUCUUUGUGGUAACAAUGAAAGAGUGGAGGACACUGGACACAGAAGCCACAGCAGAUUUAAAAAUGGGUGAUAUUGAGAAAGGCAAGAAGAUUUUUGUACAGAAGUGUGCCCAGUGCCACACUGUGGAGGAGGGAGGCAAGACUGGCCCAAAUCAUGGUCUGUGUGGGCGGAAGACAAGUCAAGCUGUUGGAUUCUCUUACAAGGAUGCCAGCAAGAACAAAGCUGUCACCUGCGGGGAGGAUACAUUGAUGGAGCACUUGGAGAAUCCCAAGAAGUACAUCCCUGAAACAAAAAUGAUCUUUGCUGGCAUUAAAAAGAAGGGAGAAAGGGCGGACUUAAUAGCUUACCUCAAAAAAGCUACUAAUGAGUAA